AAUGCAUUUCAUUUCAAGCGCUUUUUAACCUUGAUGAAAACAGUAAAACAUUGAUGGCCUUUUCGAAUAUUUUAAGACCUAAACUAUGUCAGUUUUUGACAUUAGUAAACUCACCUGCAAUACUUCAUCGUUUAUAUGUACCAAUUAACUACACAGUAAUUAAUUUUAAAGUGGAACAUCUACAGCCACUACAGACUCGUGGAUAUAGGAAGAGAAUAGAUGUGUCACAUUUAAAGCCCCUCAAUUUUGAUUAUUCAGAGGAUCUUGUAAAACAGGAGCCACUUCAGUUAUCAGAAAUUCAGUUCAAGUACAGCCAUAUUCCUGAGAUUAAUGAAUUACCUGAGCAUGUAAAGAAGCAAUUUACUCUGGAAUUUGCAUCUUCGCGAGAGAAACAAGAGCAUAGAAAUGCUGUUCUGCUGGACAAGGUCACAAAGCUGAUUGGUCCAGGACCAUGCCUAGAAAAAGAAAUUUGUUUUUUGACCAUAAAGAUUCGUAAUAUGAUUCCAUAUAUUGUUGGUGACAGAAGGAAUAAAAAACAUAAAGCGCAUCUAAUUGAGAGAAUUGCUAAAAGAAAGAAGACACUGAAAAAAUUGCGCGCACUUGAUUAUGACCGAUUUCUGUGGCUUCUGAAGGAGCUAAAGUUAACAUGGACUCCUGAAGACCCAUAUAGAUAUUGGAAGCCCUGUAGAAGGAGCCGUAUAAAGCAAGGUGUGAGACAGGAAAUGAGGAAAGAAAAGAGGGAGAAAAUUGAAAAAGUUCAAGCUGAUAUUGAACAGGAAAAAGAGAAGUUUUAUGAAAUGAAACAGAAAGUGUUAGAAGAAAUUGAUAAAGAAAUUAAGCAGUAUGGUUUAGAUAAAGAAAAAAUAUUGCGAGAAUUUAAGCGACGUAAAGAGGAUAUUGUUAAGCAAGAAGACGAAGCACAAAGGAAACUUAAUAAACUGGAAAGGACAAUAAAAGAGAUGAAAGAACAGAAAAUACGGGACAGAAAAAUAUUUUGAGUAAAGCCAAAAAUGUUGAAAUUAUAUUGAAAUAAAAAUAUGAAAUUUUA